CAUGGCAGAAAUAGUAAACGAACCACGAUCCCAAAACGGAAAUGUAGAUCAAGAAGCAAGCGGAGGCAGCAAGCUAGAGCUAACAGUCGACGAGAUCAUUGAAGAUCACGUUGGCUCCUUUGGAUUUGCGCAACUUAUACAGGUUUUCUUGGUGUCGAUAGCGUGGAUGUUCGACUCCCAAAACACCCUCGUGACGAUAUUUAGCGACGCCCAGCCUCAAUGGAGAUGCGUUGAUCCAUCAUCGACGACGUGCUUAUCGUCGUCAACAAUGUGUGGGCUCGACCGAGGAGAGUGGGAGUGGGUCGGAGGGAAUAAGAGCUCUACGAUUGCACAGUGGGGGCUUAUUUGUGGGAAUAAGUUUAAGGCUGGAGUUCCUGCUUCUUUGUUCUUCAUUGGUUCUCUUUUAGGCUCAACAACGCAAGGCAAGCUGGCCGACGCCUACCUCGGCCGGAAAAAGACCAUCCUCCUCUCCUGCCUCCUAACCUCCCUCACCUCCUUCCUCACCUCCCUCUCCCCGAACAUCUACACCUACGCCUUCCUCCGCUUGGUCGGCAUCUGCUGCCUCGUCCUCUCCACCGAGGUCGUCGGCCGAAAAUGGCGAGGCCAGGUCGGACAGUACGGGUUCUUCUUCUUCACCCUCGGGUUCCUGUCACUCCCGUUGAUUGCGUAUAAAACGAGAGAGAACUGGAGGUAUAUUUACAGGGUGGUGGCGGUGUUGCCGGUGGUUUAUUCGGUGGUGGUUGUGCCGUUUGUGUGCGAGUCGCCGAGGUGGUUGGCGAUCAAGGGACGGAGGAGGGAGGCAAUGGAGGUGCUGAUGAGGUUGGCCAGGGUUAAUGGGAGGAAGUUGCCUGCGAAUUUAGCCAUAUACGAUGCAGGCACCGAUACUACAGCCACCCAAUCACAGCCCACAAAAACCCUGUGGUCGGCAAAAUGGGCCACAGUGCGAGUGAUAAAAGUAAUGCUGGCCGGGUUCGGCAUCGGCUUCGUAUACUACGGCGUCCAACUCAACGUCGAGAACCUCUCCUUCAACCUGUACUUCUCCGUCGCCGUAAACGGACCCUCGAUGGAAAUCCCGCGCUUCUUCCUCGGCAUGCCUCUUCUCUCCCAUUCACCCCACCCCCCGCCGGCGUCGCUCUUUCAUACUCCUCCUGCCUUCGUCGCCGCCGUCGCCUCCUACCGCUCUGGCAUCCUCUUGCUCAAGCUCAAAGUCCAAGAAAUCCUGGCCGUCACUGUCUUAAAGGCGAUCGGUUUCGGGGGGUUGUCGGUGCUGACGGGGUGGAUGGCGUUUUGGCUGCCGGAGACGAAGGACGUGCCGUUGUAUGAGACUGUUGAGAGGGCAGGAGAAGGUUGAGAGGCUCGGCGGCUGUGGAGGCCCGGCGGAAGACGGAGCUGGUUGAGUAGUGAGUGAUCAUGCUUAUUCAGUGUAGACGAUUUGUGUGUAAUUUGAUUUCUCGAAGCGUGAUUUAAGGUUUGAUCAUGCUUAUUCAGUGUAGACGAUUUGUGUAUAAUUUGGAAUGAAUUGCAACC